AUGUCGGAUCUGAAGAUUGCACGGAUUGACGUUUUCCAAGUCGACCUGCCUUAUGUAGGUGGUGUCUAUCGCCGCUCCGGCGGACGGGAAUACACAAGCUUCGAUGCUACGAUUGUGCGCAUAACUACUCAGAACGGAAUCGAGGGCUGGGGAGAAAGCACCCCCUUCGGCUCCACCAAAAUUGCCUCCCAUGCGCCCGGCGUCAGAGCAAGUAUCGCUACAAUAGCACCGAGUCCGAUCGGAUUGGGCCCCCGAAGAGUCGAUCGCGUCAACGAUGCUAUGGAUGCCGCGCUAGUCGGCCACGAAGAUGCCAAGGCAGCGUUGGACGUCGCAUGCUGGGAUAUCUUUGGCAAAUCGGUCGGACUUCCUGUGUGUGAACUUCUGGGCGGCCGCACGGAUGUGAAGUUGUCGAUCAUCUCUUCCAUCUACGUGGGCGAGCCGGCGGGCAUGCGUCAACGAGUGGCCGAACAUCGCGCAAAAGGGUAUAAAGGGCACUCGAUUCAAAUCGGAGGCGAGCCUGUAGCUGACGCAGCGCGGGUCGCAGCGGCUUUUGCUGAUAAGAGACCUGAUGAAUUUUUUAUUGUUGACCUAACGGGCUUGGACUUCGUCUUGGAAGCCCCUUGUCCUACAUGGCGGGAAUGUGUGCCUCUCCGACGCAAGACUAAUGUCCCGGUAAUCUUCGACGAACUUGCCACAAACGAUGCGUCCAUUGCCGGUGGAUUGACCAGGGGUCGUCGGCAGCGGGAUAUCUGUCUGGCAGCGGGCUACACGGUUAGUGUCCAGGGGACGUCCGGUUCGGACAUCGCAUUUGCAGCUAUUGUGCAUCUAGGCCAGACAGUCCCGCAGCGGUCUUUGCGCUACAUCCUUGAAAGCCGAGACAUGGUUGCGGUCAAGGCUGCGGACGGUGCGUUUGAAGUCCAUAACGUCUACAUCUUUGCGCCUAGCACGCCGGGUUUGGGGGUUGUGCCACAUUUAGAUGUACUCGGAGAGCCUGUCGCUAGCUUUUUCUGA